CUUGUCUCCAACGCAACAAUAGAAAAAAAAAAGCCGGAUGAGCGUUUUGAACGUGUUGGUUCUUGCAUAGAAUGAGUUGUAGCAGCCAUGAGUCCCACUUCUGUGUCCGCAUUCGCCGCGACGCAGCUGCGGCUUCUGGACGCUGAACUGCAAGCCGAGCUCGCCGAGACGAACUUGCUCGUCUCUCAGACCGCUCCUAACGUUCUCCAGCGCGCUGGCCUGGCUAUACUGAACCUGGCCGUCGCAUCCCAGCGCACUGGUCUAGGCGGCAAAACCGUGUUGGAUCUUGAGCUCGACCCCGCCGUGGGCGGAGGUGAUAUUCCCGAGCAUGGGAUCCGGGUUGGUGACAUCGUCAGUGUGGCGGAUCAGCCGUCCGGGUCGGCAAAGAAGCGCGAGAAGGCUGAGAUGAAAAGCAAGGGGGUUGAAGGCGUUGUUUUGAAGGUAACGAGGACCACCGUGAGCGUGGCGCUGGACAAGGACGACGUGGACGUGCCGGGGGGGAAGCUUUGGCUUGUCAAGCUGGCGAAUGAUAUCACAUACAAGCGCAUGAACCAGACCAUGACGCGCAUGCAGAAGAUGAGCGAGGGCGAGACAUCACCCUUUAUGCGUGUGCUGUUUGGACAGUCGUCGCCUUCUCCCGUUCCCAAGGAUCUCGACGACCCGGAGCACGGCCUUGACAAGCUGGAAUGGUUUGACCCGACGCUCAACGACAGCCAGAAGGAAGCCGUCAAGUUCGCGCUGUUGUCGCGCGAGGUGGCCUUGAUCCACGGCCCGCCGGGCACGGGUAAGACGCACACGCUCAUCGAGCUCAUCCUGCAGCUUCUCAAGCGGAACCUGCGCCUGCUGGUGUGCGGCCCGUCCAACAUCUCGGUAGACAACAUCGUGGAGCGCCUGGCGCCGCACAAGGUGCCCAUAGUGCGGCUGGGCCACCCCGCGCGCCUGCUGCCGUCGGUGCUGAACCACUCGCUCGACGUGCUGACGCGCACGUCGGACGCGGCCGCUAUCGUGCAGGACAUCCGGCAAGAGAUGGACGCGAAGCAGGCCUCGAUCCGCAAGACGCGGUCGGCGCGCGAGCGGCGCGAGAUCUACGCCGACCUGCGCGAGUUGCGUCGGGACUUCCGCGAGCGCGAGCGCAGGUGCGUCGACAGCCUCGUGCGCGGCUCCAAGGUCGUCCUGGCCACGCUGCACGGCGCCGGGGGGUUCCACGUCAAGGACGAGCGGUUCGACGUGGUCAUCAUCGACGAGGCGAGCCAGGCGCUGGAGGCGCAGUGCUGGGUGGCGCUGGUCGGAGCCAGCAAGGUUGUACUCGCCGGCGACCACCUGCAGCUGCCUCCUACAAUCAAAUCGUUGAAUCAGAAGCCGGCGCACGAGAAGGGCAAGGGGAAAGCGAAGAGGGAUGUGCAGUCGGACGCCGAGGCUGGCCUGGACACGACGCUGGAGACGACGCUGUUCGAUCGGCUGCUGGAGCUGCUCGGACCCGGCAUCAAGAGGAUGCUGACGACGCAGUACCGCAUGCACGAGCGCAUCAUGCGCUUCCCAUCCGACGAACUGUACGAGGGUAAGCUGGUGGCAGCUGAUGCGGUGCGGUCUCGGCUGCUGAAGGACCUGCCCUACGGCGUAGACGACACAGACGAGACGCGUGAGCCGCUGGUGUUCUGGGACACGCAGGGCGGGGACUUCCCGGAGCGAGCGGAGGACGACGAGGGCGGCGGCAAGAGGGGCAUCCUGGGCGACAGCAAGAGCAACGAGAAUGAGGCCUGGCUCGUUAAGCUGCAUGUGGGGCGGCUGGUGGCGGCUGGUGUCCGGGAGGACGACAUCGCAGUCAUCACGCCGUACAACGCGCAACUUGCGCUGAUCUCCCGCCUGCUGCGGGACACGCACCCGGGCGUCGAACUGGGCAGCGUGGAUGGGUUCCAGGGCCGGGAGAAGGAGGCGGUAGUGGUCAGCCUGGUGCGCAGUGGCGGCGACGUCGGCUUCCUAGGCGAGAAGCGCAGGCUGAACGUGGCCAUGACACGGGCGCGAAGACACUUGUGCGUCGUGGGCGAUGGAGAGACGCUGGCAAGGGCGGGCGGGCCGUUCCUGAAGCGGUGGAUCGGCUUUUUGGAGGAGAGUGCGGAAGUGAGGUUUGCUACGUUGGAGGACGUUAUCGACGCCUCACGGUGACUGGGCUUGCAGGGGUCUCCUCGAGGGCGAAGAGACGACGAUGGCGGAAAUGAUGGCAGCUGUAACAGCAGCGGCAGUCCUCUUCUCAUGGAGCUCCUCAUUGUGAGCUGCUGGAACAACACGUCGACUACCGGCGGACCCGUCUGCGAGACCCCGGGGCAUGAGGGGGUGGCACAAGAGGAAAACCUACAUGGGUGAGGCUGAUGACAAGGCUGGCCAAUCGGAAGAGGGGAAAUUUAGCGGGGCCGAGCUAGAGUGUGGCGUUUGGCGCGCGGCCGAGCCUGGCCCAAUCUGGGGCGGUUCUUUUGCGUGCGCAGCCGUGAUGAGAUCAACUGCGGAGUGACGCUACGAUUCCUUGAUCCGCACGCAACCACCACACGCAAUAAAAAGCAAAGAAAAGAAAAAUAGAAGGUUGGGUUCCCGGUUCUUGCUCGCGCUCUCUGUGAGCUGGUCGCUGGGGACGCCGCGGGCUGCACGUGUGUAUGUGGCACGUCUGCGUGCAUCUGUGUUUGUGUACGCAUGUACAUGUGUGUCUGUGUGGGUGUUGUUUACGCCGAUGUUUACGCCGCUUGUUUUUCCUCGCUUCCAUGUUUGCUCUGCGGCCCUACGACCAGGCAACGGGGGGGACGACGCGAAACAAUCGAUGGCGCGCAAGACAAGUCCGAAAAGAAACAAGUGGCCGCUUGCUGCUUGGGUCGCGUCUUUUUGGAGGCCUAGGCAAGGGCCAAUGCAAGUCCUGAAUUCUUGUUUCCGACGUUUGUUUUAGUAUGUUUUUCUUUCG